AUGUAUGUUGCUGGGGGAACUAAGGUGAAAAAGUCAGUUGGAAUUGAGAUCAACGAUUUACCAGCGAAGUAUGGAGCGGCAAUGAGUGAAGAUUUCUCUAAGUGGAUGAAGUGGUGGAAGAAAAAGUGUCGCCCGUUUCAAUUAAUACAUGGUGACAUGUUAGAUGAACAGUUUAGAAAUUUGAUCACGCAGGAAGCAACUAUUAUUUUCAUCAACAACUACGCGUUUGAACCGAGUUUGGAUCUGCACAUAAAGAAUAUGCUAGCAGACUGUCAUGUCGGUACGCGUAUUAUCUCUACGAAGGCCUACGCAACGGGCACAAAGCGAGUCAAUAUGCGAAAUCUUGGAGAUGAUGUCACCUUUUUCACCGCAAAGAAAAAACGGUGGCGAACUCUCUCGUUCCGUUUCCUCGUCAAGCAAGUCGGGUUCACGUUCGCUCCCCAGAUAGCGUGGCAUGGCCCUACAACUCGUAACCGUUGGAAAGUUUAUGUCAAUCAAUGCGAGGAAAAGAAGAAAAGGGGCUCUCCAAUGCCUGGAAGCCCACGAUGGAAUGAAGCCGAUACCGAUUACGUGCCUCCUGGUCUAAAGAAGCAGCGCAAGUCCUCAUCAUGUUGGAAGCUCUUCACAUCACAAGAGCGAUAG